AGAUUCGGGGACAGAUAGGAAACCACUAUUUUUCUCUCACCAGCUCGCUCUUGCUUUCUGAGAAGACGACCCGCACAGUCACUGAAGCACUGCAUGAAUCAAAGCAACAUUUAACAUACAUCCUCAUCUUCAAAAUGCUGGUCACUGCAAAUCCAAUCAUCGAAUCCAACUUUUCAAACUUUUUAAAUAUUUCAAACAUCACCACCUCAAAUGCCUCUGUAAUCAAUGAAAAUGUGGACCUGGCUAUCAGCUUGGUUUUAAUUGUUAUUCUUUUUAUUACCAUGGUGUCUCUUGGAUGCACAAUGGAAAUCUCAAAGAUCAAGCAUUAUCUCAUCAAACCCAAAGGGGUUGCGAUUGCAGUAGGGGCUCAAUAUGGUAUAAUGCCCCUCACAGCCUUCUGCUUUGCAAAGCUGUUUCAGCUGAAUGCUAUGGAGAGCAUAUCUGUGUUAAUUUGUGGGUGCUGUCCGGGAGGAAACCUCUCCAACAUAUUUUCUCUGGCCCUUCAGGGAGACAUGAACCUCAGUAUUGUGAUGACUACUUGUUCCACUGUACUUGCACUGGGUAUGAUGCCCCUCCUGCUCUUCCUGUACAGCCUGGGUUUCUCAAACCUGGUGCAAAGUGUUCCUUUCCUUCGCAUCACUUUUGCCCUGAUUAUGAUCCUGGUGCCCUGCGGUAUUGGGAUCCUGAUCAACUACCGAGUACCCCAGUAUUCUAAGAUCAUUAUACAGGUUGGGUUGGCAAUCCUGCUGAUCUCAUGUGUUGUCAUUGGUGUUCUUGCUGGUAUAACUGUUGGAGGAAAAAUUUUCACAGUGCUGUCUCCUCAACUUAUAGCCACAGCUGCAUUGAUGCCACUGACUGGAUUCAUAUGUGGAUAUAUCCUGUCCACUUUGUUCAGAAUGAAUGCAAUUUGCAGACGGACUGUUUCUAUGGAGGUGGGUUGUCAGAACAUCCAGCUGUGUACCACAAUCCUGAGGGUUGCCUUUCCUACUGAGGACAUUGGACAGCUGUUUUUCUUUCCCAUCAUCUAUAUUGUGUUCCAGAUAGUCGAGGCCCUUAUCUGCAUAGUCCUGUUCAGAGUCCAUCAGAGGCUGAGACCAUUCCAAAACGAAACAACAGAGUACACCACAGUGGAAAGAGCAGCUCAAGGAAUUUGGGACCAAUGUACCAUCGAUGCUGGCACUACGGGGAAUAAAUAACAAUAUACAGGAACAGCUUCAUGUUUUGUUUUUCCUUCUUGAUAAACAUACACAUAAUGCUCAACAGUUUUUGUUUAGAGCAUGUUAAAGUAGUUAACUAUACACUGUUUACUGUACAAAUUUAUUGUUAAAAUAACGGUAUUAUAAUGGGAGAAUUCAAAAAUAUGGCACCUGUUGUAAGGCUACUGAAAAACCAGUCACUUUUUUUAAUUAGACACUGCAUUAAGAAACCAUUACUGUCUUAUCUGGAACACUGACUUAUAUGAGUAAUGUAUGUUUAAUGCUUUUAAUUGUACAUUUGUGUUAAGGCUUGUACUGUAAUAUUGUCAUUAAUGCUUCAGAUUAUGUGAUAUUCAUUUUGAAAAAGACUGACCUCAUUACUAACAGCUUUUCAGUAGUUUAUUAUUUUUUAACAGUGCUACACAAACUUUAUAAUUGUUCAAAAACAUUUUCAUGUGUAAUAUUUGUACCAUGGUACAGAAAAGUAACACAUGCAUCAAAACAUAUCCAGACAAAACCUGACAUUGCCUGAUUUGCACAUCAAUACUCAAAAGCGUGAUACAUCAGAAAUAUGCCAUAUUCAAAUCUAACCCUGUUUUGUUAAAUAAAAGAAAAAUGCAUUGCAAAAAA